AUGUUUCUGAGCAUGUUUGAAGACGACGAGCGCGGCGUGACAGCAAAUGGGUCACUCCAGCCGGCUGCCACGUCAGCAAAUACACCAGGUCAGACAAGCCGGGCAGCACCACAAUCAGCAGCAGCACGGGCCGUUGAUCGAACCCGAUCCAACGGCUCCACAGCAGCGGCAGAAGCGCAACCAAGCACCGCCACAGGUGGCAAGGGCAAGCGGGUAGGUUAUGCUGUGAAGGGGCAGCAGAAGGAGAGAAGAUUGGGGAAUGGGAGUUUGGUGUGGAGUGGGAGUAGAGAAGGAAAG